AUGACGUCUAUUAUACUACUACAAUGUAUUACUGCAUAUGUUAUAGUUUCAAUCACCGCGUCUACAGUGAAGUGGCUUCCAAAUUCUAGUUUCAUGUUAGCAGAGAACUACAAGGACGGAAAACUUCCUUGCUCCAAGCAAACCGUGGUAUUUCCUGAAUUAGUAAUUGGUGCCAUCAAAGUUGCAUCCGAAACUGAAGUUAGCGGUUUGAUUUUGCCCGAAGAAGGUGAACUUAUAUUAGACGAUUUGAUAAUGCUUGGUGCUGAUCCUUCAGAUAAAAAUUGUACAGACGGCAACGCCUACUACGUCGAUAAGUCAUCAGCGGCGUGGAAUCAAGCGGAUGUGUGGAGCUCCCCAAGGUUUAAUGAUGCAACUCCGGAUUCCGACAGAAUCCCAUGUUUUAACGACGUUGUUCAGUUUCCACAAGAUGCUAAAAUAACUGUGACUUUACCAAAAGAAACGCAACACGUCAAGGCUCUUUAUAUUGGAAAUGAAAGCUACUCCACUGAAGAUUUUAGAAUACGUGUACUGGAUGAAUCUAAUCAAAGACAACAGUUCGUUUUGAAUGACUUUUCUGACACUGGUCUGGCAAUCAAUACGCCAAUGAGCUGUACAGCAUUUGGAUGUCCAUGUCAAAUUGUUCCAAUGACGAUCGAUUGCUCUGUAAAAUACUGCCAAAUGCCUAACUGUUUGGAUGCUAUCAAGCCACUUGGAUUUUGCUGUGAAAUUUGCGGCGGUUCUAUAUUGUUUGAUGCUAAUAAAGGGUUUGAUAUGUUGGCUUUCCACCAAUUUGUUGAAAAAUAUACAACAGAAAAUCAUAUUUACUAUAUAGGUUUCGCCCCUGAGGCGCCUAUUAGACGAAUACAGCUUGUCAUCGUCGAUAAAGGAGGUUACGUAGGGACCAGUACGGAAGUCAUCAAUUCUAUCCACUAUGAUAUGGAAGGUCACUGGUACAAAGGGGAAAGGGUUCUGCAGAUAAGCGGUACUCCUUUAAGUAAGACAAGUUUGGCUGGAAAAAUCUUUAUAUCCAUGUUUUUCGCGGUGAUUUUAACAUUUUUCGGGUUUUAUGUAUAUUAUUAUAAAAUGGGUGAUUUAAGAUAUCCGCUGUUCUCUCGCAGCGCAACUCUUAAUAUAAUGUCGAGAUUCCAGAGAAGAUCAGACAGUGUGGUGAGUUUGACGAGAAGAGACUCUGUGAUCAGUACAGCUACAGGUGCCACUGCGUUUAGGAAUCCAAUGUAUGAUUCUAAAAGGGGGCGUGUGCAAGUUGUUGAAACUAUGACAGAUGAUUGA